UCGCUGAAACUCAGGAGCGCCGCCGAUCGGUACCGACACCUCUCCUCCUCGAGAGCCAAGAUGGAGGGUCCGCGUUUCGCGAUCACAGGGACGAAUCCGCGCACGCCGUUCUCUGCUUUUCAAUGAAGAGGAAUUUUCGAUCAGUGUCUUCAUCUCGGAAACCCGAAGCCGUUCCUUUCGUUUGGAGAGUUUUUUCUCGGGGAGAAUAAUUGAUCCGAGGAUGAGCUCGGGGGAGGGAGAGGACACAUCUAAGGAGGCGGCCGACAUAGCGGCGUUUUUUAAAUCCGAAUGCUCUCUUCCAAAAUGUGAACCCAAGCUUGAAUUACCCAGUCACACAGGGUUCCACAGGAAUGAAGACAUGAAGGCCAUUGAAGUUCUGCCCAUUCUUAAGGAGAAGGUGGCAUUCUUAUCAGGUGGACGAGAUCGCCGGGGAGGGCCAGUCCUCACGUUUCCUGCCAGGAGUAACCAUGACAGAAUACGACAAGAGGACCUCAGGCGGCUUAUUGCGUACCUCGCAGGCAUCCCCAGCGAGGAGGUGAGCAGGCAUGGUUUCACGGUCAUCGUGGAUAUGCGAGGAUCCAAAUGGGACUCCAUCAAACCCCUGCUGAAGAUCCUUCAGGAAUCCUUUCCUUCCUGCAUCCACGUCGCGCUCAUCAUCAAACCAGACAACUUCUGGCAGAAGCAGAGGACGAACUUUGGCAGUUCCAAGUUUGAAUUUGAAACAAUCAUGGUGUCCCUUGAGGGUUUGACCAAAGUGGUUGAUCCCUCCCAGCUGACUCCAGAUUUCGACGGAAGUCUGGACUACGACCACGAGGAGUGGAUCGAGGUUCGAGUGGCAUUCGAGGAGUUUACGGGCAAUGCAGCUCGUGUCCUGGGCCGUUUGGAAGAACUCCAGGACAUGGUAUCCCAAAGAGACCUGCCGUCCGACCUGGACGGCUCUCGGCGGGCCAUGGACGAGCACGCCUCGCUGAAGAAGAAGGUUACCAAAGCUCCGGUGGAGGAGCUGGACACGGAGGGCCAACGUCUCCUCCAGCGGAUCCAGAGUGGGGAUAAAGGCAGAGGAGAUAUCCAGGGUUUAGCUCCUAAAGUCCAGGCACUACUGGAUAAACUCCACGUCACAAGACAAAAUCUGCAUCAGUCCUGGCACAUGCGCAAGGUCAAACUGGAUCAGUGCUUCCAACUAAGACUCUUCCAGCAGGACGCUGAAAAGAUGUUUGAUUGGAUCGUCCACAAUAAAGGUCUGUUCCUUAACACGUACACAGAGAUUGGAAGCAACCAUCAGCACGUGCUUGAGCUGCAGACCCAGCACAACCACUUCGCAAUGAACUGCAUGAAUGUGUAUGUGAACAUCAGCCGGAUCAUGUCGGUGGGGAACAGGCUUCUGGAGGGGGGUCAUUAUGCGACGCAGCAGAUCCAGCAGAUCUCCGGUCAACUGGAGCAGGAGUGGAAAGCGUUUGCCGCUGCUCUCGACGAGAGGAGUGCGCUGCUGGAAAUGUCUGCUAACUUCCACCAGAAAACAGACCAGUACAUGAGCAACAUGGAAUCGUGGUGUAAGGCAUGCGGAGAGGGAGACCUUCCUUCUGAGCUGCAGGACCUUGAGGACACCAUCCAUCACCACCAGGGUCUCUAUGAACACAUCAAUGCUGCCUAUUCUGAGGUGAGUCAGGAUGGCAAAGCACUGCUAGAUAAGCUGCAGCGCCCUUUGACCCCAGGCAGCGCCGAUUCGCUGACGGCCUCGACUAACUACUCCAAGGCGGUACACCACGUUCUGGACAUCAUUCAUGAGGUUCUGCAUCAUCAGAGGCAGCUGGAAAACAUCUGGCAACACCGCAAACUCCGCCUUCACCAACGCCUGCAGCUCUGCGUCUUCCAGCAGGACGUCCAGCAGGUUCUAGAUUGGAUUGAAAACCAUGGCGAGGCGUUUCUCAGUAAACACACAGGAGUGGGGAAGUCUCUCCACAGGGCUCGAGCACUGCAGAAACGUCACGAGGACUUCGAAGAAGUGGCUCAGAACACAUACACCAAUGCUGAUAAACUCCUGGAGGCGGCAGAGCAGCUGGCUCAGACGGGCGAGUGUGACCCCGAGGAGAUCUAUCAGGCGGCCCAUCAGCUGGAGGACCGUAUCCAGGACUUCGUAAGGCGCGUGGAGCAGCGUAAAGUCCUACUCGACAUGUCGGUGGCCUUCCAUACUCACAGCAAAGAGCUGUGGACGUGGUUGGAGGAGCUUCAGAAGGAGUUAUUGGAUGAUGUUUAUGCUGAAUCAGUGGAGGCGGUGCAGGAGCUCAUCAAACGCUUCGGUCAGCAACAGCAGACCACCCUGCAGGUCACCGUCAAUGUCAUUAAAGAGGGCGAGGAUCUCAUCCAGCAGCUCAGAGACUCAGCGAUCUCCAGCAAUAAGACUCCUCACAACAGCUCUAUGGCUCAUAUCGAGAGCGUCCUGCAGCAGCUGGAUGAAGCUCAGGCUCAGAUGGAGGAACUGUUUCAGGAACGCAAGAUCAAACUGGAGCUUUUCCUGCAGCUCAGGAUCUUUGAACGGGAUGCGAUUGAUGUGAUCUCAGACCUGGAGUCAUGGAAUGAAGAGCUGUCUCAACAGAUGAAUGACUUCGACACUGAAGAUCUGACGCUAGCCGAACAGAGACUGCAGCAUCACGCUGAUAAAGCUCUCACCAUGAACAACCUCACCUUCCACGUCAUCCACCAGGGACAGGAGCUGCUGCAGUAUGUCACGGAGGUUCAGGCCUCAGGUGUGGAAUUGCUGUGUGAUCGUGAUGUUGACAUGGCCACACGGGUGCAGGACCUGUUGGAUUUCCUGCAUGAGAAACAGCAGGAGCUGGACGCAGCCGCAGAGCAGCACAGACGUCACCUGGAGCAGUGCGUUCAGCUCCGUCACCUGCAGGCCGAGGUCAAACAGGUGCUGGGUUGGAUUCGUAAUGGAGAAUCGAUGCUGAAUGCAGGACUCAUCACAGCCAGCUCACUGCAGGAGGCAGAACAGUUACAGAGGGAACAUGAGCAGUUUCAACAUGCUAUUGAGGUACCAAACAAUACAAUAAAUGAAUUGCAUUAUUAAAAAAACAAGAACAAAGUUUGUAUCAGUUUCGUGAGUACUCUUCACGUUCAUGUUUUCUGUCGUGCUGGUGUUUCUGUGCAGAAGACCCAUCAGAGUGCUCUCCAGGUGCAACAGAAGGCCGAGGCUCUGUUACAGGCCAACCACUAUGACAUGGACAUGAUCCGCGACUGCGCUGAGAAGGUGGCGUCUCAUUGGCAGCAGCUCAUGCUGAAAAUGGAGGACCGGCUCAAACUGGUCAAUGCUUCAGUAGCCUUUUACAAGACCUCAGAGCAGGUGUGUAGUGUGUUGGAGAGUUUAGAGCAGGAAUACAAGCGAGAGGAGGACUGGUGCGGAGGCACCGAUAAACUAGGACCAAACUCAGAAUCUGACCAUGUGACCCCCAUGAUAAGCAAACACCUGGAGCAGAAAGAGGCCUUCCUCAAGGCGUGUACCUUGGCCAGACGCAACGCUGACGUCUUCUUGAAGUACCUGCACAGAAACAGCGUGAAUAUGCCGGUGCUCGCGCACGUCAAAGCACCUGAACAACAAGUGAAAAACAUCUUAAAUGAGUUGCUGCAGAGGGAGAACCGGGUUCUGCACUUCUGGACCAUGAGAAAGAGGAGACUUGACCAGUGUCAGCAGUAUGUGGUGUUUGAAAGAAGCGUUAAACAGGCUUUGGAGUGGAUCCACGACACAGGAGAAUUCUACCUGUCCACACACACUUCCACAGGAUCAACUAUACACCACACACAGGAGCUCCUGAAGGAACAUGAGGAAUUCCAGAUCACAGCCAAGCAAACCAAAGAGCGGGUGAAGUUGUUGAUCCAGCUCGCCGAUGGUUUUUGUGAAAAGGGCCACUCCCAUGCGGGCGAGAUUCAGAAAUGGGUCGCCUCUGUGGACAAGCGCUACCGUGACUUUUCCGUCCGCAUAGACAAGUACCGUUCCUGCCUGGAGAAAGCGCUCGGCCUGGUCACAGACUCCAACAAAGCGAGUAAAGAUCUUCAGUUGGACAUCAUUCCAGCCAGUGCUCCUGGUGCGGAUGUCAAAUUCAGAGAUGCCAACCAUGAGCUCAAUGAGGAGAAGCGCAAAUCAGCCCGCAGGAAAGAGUUUAUAAUGGCAGAGCUCAUUCAGACUGAGAAGACAUAUGUGAGAGACCUGCGCGAGUGUAUGGAAACAUACCUGUGGGAGAUGACCAGUGGUGUGGAGGAGAUUCCCUCAGGGAUCGUCAACAAAGAGCACAUCAUCUUUGGCAACAUGCAAGACUUAUACGAGUUCCACCAAAACAUUUUCCUCAAAGAGUUGGAGAAAUAUGAGCAACUCCCAGAAGAUGUGGGUCACUGUUUCAUCACAUGGGCGGAUAAGUUCCAGAUGUAUGUGAAUUACUGUAAGAACAAGCCUGACUCCACUCAGCUCAUCCUGGAGCACGCCGGCAACUAUUUUGAUGAAAUCCAACAAAGGCACCGACUGGCCAACUCCAUCUCGUCUUAUCUUAUUAAACCAGUUCAGAGGAUCACCAAAUACCAGCUACUGUUGAAGGAACUGUUGACGUGUUGUGAGGAGGGUAAAGGAGAGAUAAAAGAUGGCCUGGAGGUUAUGCUCAGUGUGCCUAAGAGAGCCAAUGAUGCCAUGCACCUCAGUAUGCUGGACGGUUUCGAUGAGAACAUCGAGUCUCAGGGUGAGUUGAUCCUGCAGGAGUCCUUCCAUGUUUGGGAUCCCAAGACUUUGAUCCGUAAGGGCAGAGAGCGGCAUCUCUUCCUGUUUGAGAUGUCCCUGAUCUUCAGCAAGGAUGUCAAAGACUCCAAUGGCAGGAGCAAGUACCUCUAUAAGAGCAAGCUCAUGACCUUAGAUCUGGGAGUGACUGAACAUGUGGAAGGGGAUCCAUGUAAAUUUGCACUCUGGGUUGGACGGACACCUGCCUCAGACAACAAAAUCGUUUUAAAGGCUUCCUGUAUUGAAAACAAACAGGAGUGGAUCAAACAUGUUCGUGAAGUCAUUCAGGAACGUACCAUCCAUUUACGGGGGGCGCUCAAGGAGCCAAUACACAUUCCCAAAGCUUCUGCAGCCAAACACAAGGGCAAACGGGAUGGAGAGGAUUUAGACAGCCAGGGUGAUGCAAGCAGUCAGCCAGACACCAUCUCCAUCGCCUCCCGUACCUCUCAGAACACAUUGGAUAGCGACAAGUUGUCCGGCGGUUCUGAGUUGACCGUGGUCAUCCAUGACUUUAUGGCCAGCAACGGAUCAGAGUUGACUGUACGUAGAGGUCAGACGGUGGAGCUGGUGGAAAGACCCCAGGACAAGCCCGAAUGGUGUUUGGUCCGCACCACCGACCGCUCUCCGGCACAGGAGGGCCUGGUGCCCAGCUCGGUGCUCUGCAUCGCUCACUCCCGCAGCAGCAUUGAGAUGGAGGGCAUUUUCAACCAUAAAGACACUCUAUCAGUGUCGAGUAAUGAAGGAGUUUUGUCAGGCAGUGCCACACUGCAGCCGGGUCACCUGCACAGCUCUCCUGGACCCAAGAGGCACGGAAACACCCUGCGCAAGUGGCUGACCAGCCCUGUCAGACGGCUAAGCAGCGGCAAAGCAGACGGCCAUGUCAAAAAACUUGCACACAAGCACAAGAAAAGCCGAGACGUCCGUAAGAACACAGAGGCUGGCUCACAGAAAGACUCUGAUGACAACGCCGCCACACCGCAGGAUGAGACCUUUGAAGAGAGGAUGAGAAACGAAGGAUUGAGCAGCGGGACUCUGUCAAAGUCUUCCUCCUCUGGGAUGCAGAGCUGUGGUGAGGAGGAGGGAGAGGAAGGGCCAGAUUCUGUUCCCCUGCCGCCCCCAAUGGCCAUCCAACAGCACAGUCUUCUGCACCAGGACUCACAGGAGGACAAGGCUCGUCUGUCCGGACGUCCCAGCAGCUCAGAUACACCGAGUGCGGCUGAGCUGGUUAGUGCCAUCGAAGAACUCGUGAAGAGUAAAAUGAAUCUAGAGGACAGGCCCAUUUCUCUCCCUGUCCAACAGGGCAACAGCAGUAGCCCCGCCUGCAACCCCUUAGAGAACUCCCUCCUGUCCUCCUCGUCUCCCAUCGAUGAGCUGGACGAACGCAAGACUGGCUUCCUCAAGAGACGACACUAUGUUCUGCUGGAGCUGGUGGAAACAGAGAGAGAUUAUGUGAGAGACCUUGGUGCCGUUGUGGAGGGAUACAUGAGCAGAAUGAAGGAGGAGGGUGUUCCAGACGACAUGAAGGGAAAAGACAAGAUCGUCUUUGGAAACAUUUACCAGAUUUAUGAAUGGCAUAAAGACUUUUUUCUUGCGGAACUGGAAAAGUGCUUGGAGGAUCCUGAUCGACUCGCACCGCUGUUUAUCAGACAAGAAAGAAGAUUGCACAUGUACAUUGUCUACUGUCAAAACAAGCCCAAAUCAGAGCACAUUGUUUCUGAGUAUAUCGACACGUAUUUUGAUGAUCUGAAGCAGAGGUUGGGUCACAGACUACAGAUCACAGAUCUGCUGAUCAAACCCGUGCAGAGGAUCAUGAAGUACCAGCUUCUACUGAAGGAUUUCCUCAAGUUCUCCAAAAAGGCUGGCUUGGACACUAUAGAACUAGAGAAAGCAGUAGAGGUCAUGUGUGUUGUUCCUAAACGCUGCAAUGACAUGAUGAAUGUCGGACGCCUCCAGGGCUUCGAUGGUAAGAUCGUAGCCCAGGGUCGACUGCUUCUCCAGGACACUUUCAUGGUCUCGGACCAGGACGGUGGUCUUCUUGCCCGCAUGAAGGAGAGGCGAGUCUUCCUCUUUGAGCAGAUAGUUAUCUUCAGUGAACCUCUGGAUAAGAAGAAGGGAUUCUCCAUGCCAGGCUAUCUGUUUAAGAACAGCAUAAAAGUCAGUUGGUUGGGUCUAGAAGAGAGUCCUGACAAUGACCCUUGUAAAUUUAUUUUGACGUCGAGAUCAUCGUCUGGCAGUACAGAACACUAUGUCAUCCACUCCUCCAACCGGCUGGUUUGCCAGGCCUGGAUCCAGCAGAUCAGCAGCAUCCUGGAGAACCAGAGAAACUUCCUCAAUGCACUAACUUCACCCAUUGAAUACCAACGGAACCAUGUUGGGGCGAGCGGUCUGGGUGGCCCCAGCAGCAGCGGGCUCCCCGGAGGCAGCAGCAGCUCAGCCAUGGGCCCCGGCUGCGGUUCCCGAUCCCGAACCUCCAGAAUCCCUCAACCAUCCUCACGUCUCCCCCAGCAUGUUCAGCACCACCACGCCCCCGCCCCAGACGACCGCACAUCAGGUACGUGCCCCCUCCCUGACCAGGACGUUAACGGCGAGGUCCCCAGAAUGCGGGUCCUCGAGAGUCCUCUGAAGGAGUCACGUGAGGAGACCCCCAUCCCGAGAGCCACAGUCGCUCCCCUGUCUCUGUCUCCAGCAAAGCCCCGUCUUGGGGCGCCCUCGCCCGUUCUCUCCCCCUCUAACCAUCAGAACUUCACAUCCUUUACGACAAGCGUCCCGGCUCAGAAGGUCUCACCGUUUUGGGCCUCGAUGCCAAUCUCGCCCACUGGCAGGCCCUGCUCGUACACAGAGCAGAGCGAUACGCAGAGUCGCGUCCAGAGUCAGAACCGCCGGCACUCGGCUCACAGUAAGGAGCUGGACCGCAUCAGUACCUGUUCGUCCACCAGCGAGCACUCCACUCACAGCAAUGGGAGUGAAAACAGCAGCAGCAGCAGUGUGUCCACCAUGUUGGUGACUCAGGACUAUGUGGCUCUAAAGGAGGAUGAGAUCAGUGUAUAUCAAGGAGAGGUUGUGCAGAUAUUGGCCUCCAAUCAGCAGAACAUGUUUCUGGUUUUCCGUGCCGCCACAGAACAAGGCCCAGCGGCCGAGGGCUGGAUCCCCGGCUACGUUCUGGGUCACACCUCCACCAUCAUCCCUGACUACCCCGACGGAACCCUCAAGAAGUCUUCAUCAUGGCACACAGCCCUCCGCAUCAGGCGAAAGUCCGAAAAGAGAGACAAAGAGGCCAGGAAGGAGAGCAUACCGGAAAACGGCUAUCGCAAGUCUCGAGAUGCACAAGCUAAUAAAGUUUCUGUAAAGGUCAGCUUUAAACAGGAAGUGAUCCAUUCUGUAAUACAUUUUUUAAUAGCUUUAGUGUUUAAAUUAGAGACAUUACAAUGUUGGUCAUCUUAUUUUUUGCAGCUUUUGAAUCCCAACUACAUAUAUGAUGUUCCCCCAGAGUUUGUGGUCCCUUUGAGCGAGGUGAUGUGUGAGAGGGGUGACAGCGUGACUCUCCGCUGUAAGAUCUGUGGGCAGCCAAAAGCCUCGGUCUCCUGGAGAGGACCUGACCAGAGCACUCUGAGCAAUGGCAGCAGAUACACUCUCACGAACAGCGAAACAGGUGAUAUGACCCUGAAUAUCUCACCUGUCACAUUGGACGACAGUGGUACCUACACCUGCAUAGCCUCCAAUGACGUGGGCUCAGUGACAUCAUCAGCCUACCUCAGAGUGCUCGGCAAUUGUGACGGCAUCCUCUGGAAGGAUAACUUUGAGUCCCUCUACACUGAGGUCAUGGAACUGGGGAGGGGCAGGUUUGCUGUCACUAAGUGGUGUGAGCAGAGAGGGAACAGACGGUCUGUGGCCGCUAAGCUUGUAAAUAAGAAGCUAAUGCGUCGAGAGCAGGUGGUUCAGGAGCUGGGCGUCCUACAGUGUCUUCAGCAUCCUCACCUGGUGGCUCUGCUGGACACCUAUGAGACCCCAGCCAGUUACAUUCUCAUCCUGGACAUUGCCGAUCAAGGUCGUCUUCUGGAUUACAUAGUUAGCUGGGGGAACCUGACUGAAGAGAAAGUGACUCUUUACCUGCGGGAUAUUUUAGAAGCUUUACAUUACCUUCAUGCAUGCAGAUUAGCUCAUCUGGACUUGAAGCCUGAAAACGUUGUGAUCGAGCAUACUUCAACCCAGCCUCUCGUCAAACUGACGGACUUCGGUGAUGCGGCUCAUCUCUCCAGCGCCCCCUACAUCCACCCUCUGCUGGGCAGCCCUGAGUUCUCUGCCCCUGAGCUGGUCUUGGGUGAACCGGCAGCUCUAGUUUCUGACCUGUGGAGUCUGGGUGUGCUGGCGUAUGUGAUGCUCAGCGGGGCGUCCCCGUUCCUGGAUGAAAGCGUCGAGGAGACCUGUCUGAACAUCUGCCGCCUCGACUACAGCUUCCCGGAGGACUAUUUCUAUGGCGUGAGCCAGGCGGCGCGGGACUUCAUCCGCGUUCUACUGCAGGUUGAACCAUGCAGACGGCCCACUGCGCAGGUUUGCCUGCAGGAGGAACCCUGGCUGCAGCCAAACGUGGCAUCAAGCUCAGCUCGCCUCGACACUUCCAGACUCAUCUCUUUUAUAGAGCGCCGGAAACAUCAGAAUGAUCUGCGGCCCAUAGCCACCCUCAAAGCCUUUCUGCACGGCCGUCUCCUUAGCCAAACAUGAGAUAAUGCAACCUUCCAGACAGGAAAAAUAGAGUUGAAAUUUCCCACCUCCUACUUAAAUGAGUUCCAGUUAAUCAUACAUCACAUCAAAUGUAAACAAAACAUGAAAAAUGUAACGAAGUCUGAUAAUGAAAGACAAAAUUUACUACAGUAAAAAUAACAAUCAAAAACAGUAAUAAGUAAAAUGAUUACAUAGAAAAAAGUUUAAAAAAAAAUUCACACAUUUUUGAAUAAUUGGAAUAAAACAAAACUAUGAUAUAACAGAUUUUUUUUAAACUUACAAAAAUCUAAACUAUUUUAAGUUCUAGCAUCUUUAAAGUAGCUUUGCUUAAAAUUUGCAAAAUUGUCCUCUUUCCAUUUAUUAUACAGGGGCCGUAUUCACGAAACUGUUCUUAAAAGAUUGUUCUUAAAAUAAAUUAUAGGAAGUGUGUAAGAAUGUUCUUUCCUAAGAAGUUUUCAAAUAUUUUAACUUAUAAUGAAACUACAUGCUUUGUAAAUCAAUCUUGAGAAAAUACAAAACAUUUCAAUUUUUUUUUCUUAAAUUAGAAUUUAAGAAAAAAAUAUGGCAGUUAACAAGGAAUUUCUUCUUAAAAAUGUUUUGUGAAUCAAGCCCCAGCUCCUUAAUUAUUUGGUACAAGUCAUCCUUUUAAAUAAAUAAACAACAUCUUUGUUUUCUAAUUAGGGAAAUUACAUUGCUGACACAAUUUUAUUUUUCAUCUACAGAAGUGACAUUUGCAAAAGCAUUUACACACACAUUCAAAUUAAAAGAUCAUGAGAAUCGUUUCAGUCAAGUGUUUCAAAACUUCUGACCAAAGUGUGUAUGAAAUAUUAACUUAUUUGACUUUGACACAUUUUUCCAGUGGUCCUUUUCAAGUAGGAAGUGGGAGAAUUUCCAAAUUCACAAACUGUCUGGAACGCAUCAUAAACAUAGAAUGCAUUUGUGUUUUCCUUGUUUAGUCUGGAGGAAAGUCCACAAAGAACAAACCAUGAUAUAUUUUGGUUACAAAAUCUGUGGUGUAACGGCAGUUUCACAUUCUCUUGAAGCGCGGAGUGAAUAAUAAUGAAGUCUGGUGAAAAUACAGAAGAGAAUAUAAAUAAAUAUUCUGAAAUCUCAUCCUGGCUUUAGAGCCACAAUGUUGAAAUGGUUCCUGUUUUACUGCUGCUGACAAAACUCUGAAGUCCCCUUCCCUACCCUUCAAAAAAAAGUAUAAAAAAUACAUUUCUUGUUUUCUUUCUUUCUAUGGACGACAGAAAAUGUGAAUUAAUAAGGGAGGGCUCUUUUGUUGUCGAUUUGUUAUUUUGAAGGUUAUGUUUCCUGAGCCAGUAAGGUUUAGCUUUUUGUUUAGACAGUAUUUCAAUCAGGUUGUUUCAGUGGAGUACUGUAAUUUUAAUAGUUACAUUCAGGAAGGAUGCAUUUUGUACAAACCCUGUAUAGAAGCACAGUAAAGAUGAUUUCUUUACCCUGAACGUUUUGGAGAAAGCUUAUAUGAAGAAACGGAUAUUGGUUCAAUUUUGACAUUCAUCUCAAGAUCAUUUUAGCUGUGCACAACGUUUCAGGUUCGAUAAUCGUACAGUCAUAUUCGAAAUCUGAAGCAACUUAUUUACCAGCUGCAGCUCUUCCGACAAGAAGAGAAAAAGAGAAACGCUUCGUUCAAAAUCACAUGUCUCAGUUCAGCCUUAUGUUGUAAAUAAACUGGAGCUUCAUUCGAGUUCGUUUGCAGUGUUUCCACUGGCUGGACGUCACCUUUGACCGAUACGAGUACGAAGUGGAAAGCCGCCGAAAACAGGAGUUUUGGUACUCUUUGUAAUUUGUUGAGAUUUCUAUGUGCAAUGUUGGGGCUUUAACAUUUUGCAGAUAUUUAUAAUAAUUCGUGUUCAAUUGUUAAGUACACGUGUCGGCCACUGCAAGUUGAGAUGUUAUGAUGUGUCCGUGGCUCUUUUGCCGAGUUCUCUGUGUUCAGUAUUAUUUUGUAAGCUUAAAGCCUCAUUAGUAAAAAUCGCUUGUGUCUUCGUCACACUUCCGUUAUGAAUGUCGUCAUUGAUUUGUAUUGUUAAACCAAAGUUAAACGACUCUUCUCCCUGUUUGGUGAUUUAUCAUUUUUGUACCAAUAAGUUAUGAAUGCAGUUAUGACUCCUUAAGCGGGAGUUGACCCGUAUUGAUUGUUGAUUUAUUUAUUGUGUCUCGUUCGGUUUUUCUUAAUCGAAUUGAAGUCAGUUGUGCUUCAUAUUGUCGAAUUGUAACACGUUUUUAUUUCCAUUUCUGCUCGUUGCAGCAGUCGAUUAUUAAAGUAAGUUUGCAUGACUAAAUGACAAUUAAUAUUCCAUUCCGACCACAAUUUUUUGUUUCAGUUCACUCUGGGUUAAAUAUAAUGUACUGUAUUAUUGGUUGUACAAGAAGAAGGAUCUCGGUCAACAAUGACCAAAAUAGCGACCGCGGUGACUAUUUGCAAUUUACUGGUUAAAAAGUCGAGGUUAAUAAUUUGAUCAGUAUGUUUCAUUUUUCAACUGUAGGCCUAUUUAAGUUAGCUUAUAAUGUAUAGAUGUACAGACACCACGAAACCUGAACGUAGCUACACCCUGUUUUUUACACAAGUCUAAUGUCAUUUUGAAUGUUUUUGACGAUUAUUUUUGCAUGUAUAUUUCUUUGUACAGAAACCAUACCUGUUUGCACAUUCUGUGCUGUACAUACGUUACUUUGCCCUCAGUUAUUUUUGAGAUUAAACAUCGGAAACAUUUUAUUGGUA